AUAACUCUCACAAACGUAUAUCGGAAUUAGUUAUUUAAUGGGCCUGGACUACACGUGCGUAUCUGAGCAAUUGAGUGGAAUAUGUCAGGCGUCUAGGGUAGCCAUGAUAUUAUUAAAUCUCCAAAUAAGUCAAGCUUCAUAGGACUCGUUUACCAGAGUCUAAAUUGAAUUAAGCGUAAUUUUUGAGUAAGUAACGGUUCGCGAUGAUAGGCGUUGACUGGCAUUAGCCUAGCUUCUGUUGCAUAUUGAAUCACACGUCAUCGACAGGUGGAAGAGCCGGUCCCUAAAUGCCAUGGUUAGCGCCGUCUAGAAACGUAAAUAAACCUUUGAGGUUAGAGUACAUAUAGGCGAUAAAAGAACACUGUCUUGUAGAAAGGUCGUGUGCUAUACAUGUGUGGAUAACAAACCAAUAUAAAAUGGUAGUUGUGUUUUAAUUGUGGGAACGAAAAAUUAAAUGUGUCCUCUGUCUAAUUACCCAUGUGUCGGGAUUAUAUAUGUAUAAGCUUAGGUUGAUUAUGUAUAUAGCUUUGAGCUGUGGGGCACGAAUUUGUACACCCCUUCAUUCCUCGUUUAAUAGCCACUGUCCUUUUAUAGCGUUUAUUAGGUAGAUUACAAUACGAUACAAAUACCGUUUAAUCCAAACUCUAAUUCUACAUAGUAAAAUUAUUCCAGGUAUUCAGUACAUAAUGAUAUACAUAUAAAGGGUUGUACAAUCUACGUAUGCAGUGUCAAUGGCUUAUGAAUCGGUCUAUGAUAUUUUGUUGUAAAGCUUUAUCUGGGCGUUAUUCGAAUAGAAGAAUAUAGAAAACUUUGCUAUAGAAUAACAGAACAAAGACUAUGUUUAUAACUUUCAUUGUAACCCAUACCCUAUUUAUCCUUAUUCACACGACCCGACAGAAUAGGGAUUACACAAACAAAUAGUUGAACUAAGAUAAAUAACAUUAAAAACUUCUAUAUUUAGCUUUUUGUUAACAAAUAUCGCAUACAAAAUGUGGGGAGGGGGCAAGUGGUGAACACCAGUAUAAAUCUAUCAAACAUAUUGAACAGCCAGCUAUGAUAAUUCCGAGAAAAGUCAAGACAUCAAACUAACUGGCCAUUCACGGUUCUGGAUUCUCAAACAGGAAUUCGAUUCAAAUUAUGCAAUUAUUUUAAUCUUAAGAUUUGUGGACUAUUUGUAAUAUUAUAUUAGGGUCCGUCUUUUUCUCCAGUUAUAGGGAUGGAGAGUUAAACUGAUUGAAGUUAGAACGAUAUUCCACAUUUAAUAUUCAUUUAUGAAUCAUCAAUAGAUCGUCAAAUGUCAGGUGCUUACGAAUAUUAAGAUAUCUAUCAAUAUGUCAAAAUCCACCAGGCGUGACAUACCUAUCGAUAAUUAUUAUAUCAAAGUAAUAUAUCAGAUACACACUUCAUAAGUUACUUCCUCAUCUUUAAAGAUUUCUAAAGAGUGUACGUUACCGACCUGUGCAAUUCAUUUGCUUUCUUAAAACAUAGCAUAACAUUUUACUUUCAAGGGAUUAUUGGCUUACCAGAUUAUUGUGUCAUAACUAAUAUCAACAAGGAUAUAAUAUGUGUUUACAUAAAGUCUUCCCAUAACAUUACAUUGGAUUAUUAGUACUAUUCGUGAGUUUUGAUUGUAUUGAUGGAUUAGUUACUGGACAUAUCAUAUAAAUGGAGAAGCAUCUAACAAGGAAGUGUCCAAUACAGAAUAAACAUACAACUGUUCAACUGUGUUAUUUAUUCGUAAUAAUUUCAUUGUUACAGAAAACUUGUGGUGGAUAUACCCUAAAAAAAUGUAAUAUAGACGAUACAAGUAAUGUGUUGCUUGACUGUAAAUCUGAUCAUAAAAUAUCAGUUGAUCGGAUGAUAUAUACUGGUGGUUGUGGUGAAAACGGGAAUUGUUCUAGGUCGAUUGGAAAAGAAGAUUCUGAUUUAAAUCUUGUAUGUCAAGGUCAAUAUGGAAAAUGUGUCCAGCCAUUAAACUAUAAUAUACUAGACAGUUGUAAAGGUAACAAAUCUGUAUCAGCUGAGAUAACAUUUACAUGUGAAAAAAAUCAAACGUUACGUGAUUCAGAUGAACUAACAACAGACACUAAAUAUGGAUCAAACGAUACCACUUGGACAACGAAUAUAUUCUGUCCAAACAAGUCUAUAGUUUAUGUAGACUCGGUGGAAUAUUUUAAAAUCGUAAAGUACGCCUCUUGUCCGGGAGCUGGUGGUCUUCUACCUGUAAAUAUACCAAGAGAACAGAAUAGAUUAAAUGAUUUAUGUUUAGAAAAACAAGAAUGUCAUCCAUCUUUACUGUAUAAUUUUACACGUGAAGCUUGUCAAUAUACCUGGCCUAAUAUGGGAGCAAACGUCGUUUAUAGAUGUCUUACUAACGAAUUAGUGUAUAAUGUUUGUUCCAAGUCAGUUAGAACUAUCAACAAUUCUCUAUCUACUUUAUAUAUGACGUCACCAUCAUCAUCACAGAAUGACUGUGGUUGUCUUGUCUAUGGUGAUAUCCAGACGGUUAAAAUUCUGUAUAUUAAUCAAUCUACAAUCAACUCUACACGUGAUAGAUUAUCCUUUAAUCCACCAACUACAGUAGAAUUAAAUACAAAUAAAAUAAUAUAUAGAGAUAUAGCAGAUUUGGUUGUUAAAUAUAAUAGUAGAAAUCACAAUAAUGAAAAACAUCUACUUGAAUUUAAAGCUAGAAGUGGUUCAUUUCUCCAGUUAGAUUGUGUCAACACACAGCUUAAACCAACAUCUAGUAGACUUACAGACACUGGUACCAGUGUUUCCACCGCUGGAUAUAAUUAUUCACAAUCAUCCCAAAAUCAAUCUGAAGGAACCACGGUGGUUAUCCUAACCCCAAAGACCACACUUGCUAACACAUCAGUUAAUCUAACCACAGAGCCCACGCUUGCUAACACCACAACACAGAUCAUGGUUACCAAUCCUAUGGGUGUAACCACAACUGCUUACCCUACAACGAAUGGGCAUGCUAACACAACAGUUAAUCUAACCACAGAGUCCACACUUGCUAACACUACAACACAGACCACGAUUACCAAUCCUAUGGGUGUAACCACAGCUGCUAACUCUACAACGAAUGGGCAUGCUAACACAACAGUUAAUCUAACCACAGAGUCCACACUUGCUAACACUACAACACAGACCACGAUUACCAGUCCUAUGGGUGUAACCACAGCUGCUAACCCUACAACGAAUGGGCAUGCUAACACAACAGUUAAUUUAACCACAGAGUACACACUUGCUAACACUACAACACAGACCACGAUUACCAAUCCUAUGGGUGUAACCACAGCUGCUAACUCUACAACGAAUGGGCAUGCUAACACAACAGUUAAUCUAACCACAGAGUACACACUUGUUAACACUACAACACAGACCACGAUUACCAGUCCUAUGGGUGUAACCACAACUGCUAACCCUACAACGAAUGGGCAUACUAACACAAGCGUUACUCAACAGCAGACGAUUAUGACUCAUUCUGAAUCAGGAACCCCAGUUUCUACAUCUGUAACUCAAACCACAAUUGGAGGGAUUACAGUAGGAACAUCUGUAUCACAAUCGUCUAUGCAGCAGACCCAAGUUACUAACAAUUUGCCAGAUACAACCCCGGCAGAAAACAUAACACCACAACCAUCUCUACAAAAAGGUGGGUUAGAUGGAAGUAUUAUUGGUGCUAUAAUUGGAAGUAUAUUUCUUUUACUGGCUCUGUUAGUCAUCAUUAUAAUCAUUUACAGAAAACGUAAAGCCAGCAACAAUAAACACGAUAGUUCGAGUGAAUCUGGUGGAGAGAACAACCAAGGCUUUGUAGAGCCUCCCUAUUUUGAGGUAGAAUCCGAUUCAAGGGGCGUUAAGCGACCUAAUAGUCUCGCAACAGAUCCAAGAUAUCAACGAAUCCGUUCAGGCAAAGUGGAAUCUACUGGCGUAGCAGAACCUGUUAGCGGUUACGAGGCGGUACAGGUUUCACGUCCAGUUACUGGAAAUGAGAUUGUGGAAAACCCAAGAUCUACACAAAUUAGGGUAUUAAGCUCAGCGGGGGAGUAUGAAGAUGUAGAUUUGAAUGAUAUUUUAGAGAAAGACGAAACCCGCCAGGUCCGUUCAUCUAGUUUUGGGUAUGCUGAUAUCAAUGAGUUUAAUGAUUCAGCUUUACUACAUCCAACAAAAAUAUCAGUGAAGCCCGAGAAUUCGAGUAAUGUCCAAAACGCUGCUUCCAGUUCCUCUCUAAUUCAGCGGCCACCCGACAAAGUAGAAUACGCAAAAGUAAUUAAGUUAAAAAAGAAAAUGUUACCUAAUGAUAACAUUCAAUAUGGAAGCAUGUACGAUAACUCUUUUGAUAAUAUUGCGCCACCUAUACCAGAUAAGAAUAUGGCCGAAGAAGAGAUAAACUCUGAUAGUGUUAAACUGUGAUGUACAUGAAUUGUAUAAAGGAAUGUGUAUAGUAUCUCAACUUUAUUCUUAUUAAUCAUACAUUUCACCUUUUCUACAAUAAAUACAAAAACAUA